CACUUUCUUCGACCGCCAGUGCGCAUGCGCGAACAGUGUCAGUCGGGCAACUUUGACACUCUCUCCUAACCUCACUCUCGGAACAAAAAUACAAUAUUUAUUUCUCAGUUAUUGCUAGCAAAAUGGCGUUAAGCGGUCUUGAAAAGAUUGCCAUUGCGUUUCUAGGAGCGUCUUUGUCUUAUGUGGUGUAUUCCCUGUAUAAAGUGCUGUACACGUAUAUCAUUGGACCGGUGGUGAAUAAAGUGGAUUACAAGGCGAAGGGGAAAUGGGCACUUGUGACGGGCUGCACUGACGGCAUCGGAAAGCAGUACGCUCGGGAGCUUGCCGCGCGGGGAUGUGAUAUCGUUCUAGUCAGUCGUUCUAUGGACAAACUCAAAACGACACAAGAAGAAAUUGAAAAAGAGUACAAAGUGAGCACGAAGAUCGUCCAAGUGGACUUCAGUGAGGGUGACCACAUUUACGAGAGCAUUGCCAAGGAGAUCGCGGACUUGGAGAUCGGGACCCUGGUCAACAAUGUCGGCGUGUCUUACGCGUACCCGGAGUAUUAUCUGGACGUGCCUGAUUGGGACAAGUUGAUGAGUACCAUCAUCAAGGCCAACAUAGUGUCGGUGACGAAGGUGACGGGGCUGGUGCUGCCCGGGAUGGUGAAGCGGGGGAAGGGGGUCGUCAUCAACAUCGGCUCGGCCUCGUCCAUCAUACCGAGCCCGCUGCUGACGGUGUACGCCGCUUCUAAGGCAUACGUAGACAAGUUCUCCGAGGGCCUCAGCAUGGAGUACUCCAAAAAGGGCAUCAUCGUCCAGUGCAUCAUGCCAGGGUUCGUCUGCUCCAACAUGUCAGGCAUCCGCCGGAGCACAUUCUUCGCGCCCACCGCCAAGGACUUUGUCAAAUCAGCGCUGAACCUCGUCGGGACCGCCUCCCGCCACACCGGCUACCUCCCGCACUCCAUCUUUGUCAAGGCGAUCACCACCAUCCACAGUUUGACAGGGUCCUUCGGCGUUUGGCUCGUCACCCGGUCCAUGGAGAACAGCCGCAACAGAAUCCUGAAAAAGUACAAGAAGAAUUAAUUUAUUUUGUUGCUUGGAAGUGUCUACUCUAACUUCGGUUAUUGUAUUACGUUUAAUUUAGGCUUUUAAUUGCACUAUUGCUUUCCUUAUUUCUUAUUUCUAUCGCAAAUUAAUUGUGUAAAUAAUGCAUUGUUCUUUCCGGUUCUGGUGUCUUUUCUAAGUCUUCUAACUAUUACUACUAGUUACACCAAAGAAUAGCAUACAAGUAGGACCUUUAUGUACCUAUUGUGAUAUUAUAACCCUUGGAUAACCGAUAUCCGAUAAACGUUAUCUAAUUCAAAGGAGCAGAAAAUAUUUUGCGACCUUAACUGAUUACUUUUUCUUUAAGUGUUGAUAACUUCUUUGGUUUUUGGUGCGAGAAGUAUAGAAAGCACGUCUCGUCAUUAUCAACCCAAAACAUUUAAGUAAAAACGGUAUGUUUGGCUGACCCUUUAAGUAUGAUGUUACGUUUUCACAAUUAUCUUGUAGAUACAAAUGAAUUUGAAACAAAAUACUUAGUGGGUUUAAGCAAUUUAAUGAAGCCAAAGGUGCAUUUAAUUUAUUUUUAUAACAUUUCUGGGGUAUUGUUUUGCCAUACUUGUAAUACUAUAGCUGUUACCUAAGAAUAAACUUAGUGAAUACAAUCAUGUUUUAUUACUAAUUAUUACAAUCCCAUAAAGUUUAUGCUGUCGCGCAUCAUCAUCACCUGAGUUAAAUAUGAUACUGAAAUGUAUGUAAAUGUAUGAUGACUAAAUAUAAAUUGUAUGUCUCAAAGUAGUAACAAUAACAAUACAUAAUAAUAUACCUACCCUCUUCUGAAAAAGUAUACUUACCGAAUCUAACAAUAGUUAAAAUGGCAAGAAAAAUAAAACAUAAUCUUACUCCUUGUAGAUAAUAUUAAUUUAACUCAAAAUAGGUACCUAACUAACGUUACUAACUGGAAAGGUUCAUCUUAUGUCAGAAUAAUAACUAAGGACAUAAAAAUCCUCUUUUCUGAGAGUCUAUUAACAAAAAGUACUUAUUCAUUGAAAAAUAUUAAAAAUAAUAUUUGUUUACACUUUUCAGAAAAGGGAAACAACUGGAUGCCUGACCUCUGAUACUCAUAUAAGUAUAUAAUUAAAUAUAAGUAUAAGUGAACAAAUUGUUAAAAAAAAUACUUUAAGACUUUAUUUAAUUUAAUAUAGUAGCAUAAAGAUAUUACAGUAGAGUCUUUGCUUUUUUAUAAAUCUAUUCCUUGUGAUUCCCAAGGAGAAGGACUUUAUUGUCUAUUCCUCACAAAAUAUGAAACAAAAACAAACCAAAAUUUGUCAGUGUGCGUCAAUGUCAAUGCAAAUAAAAAUGAAUCAUCAAAUCUGAAAGCAAAAAAUCCCGUAACUAUUUCACCAUGUUCAAACCCAUUACAUCUCAUUAAUGCAGUGGACUAAAUAACAGCAGCCAAAAUGAACGAAGAAGUAAUAGUUGGUAUGGCCUCAUCGAAGUCCAAAAGCAAAAAGAAGUCAUCCACUACUAAUGCAACCAAACCAAAGACGAAGCCCAAGAGUUUUGACGACUGUCCUCUUGCCGUGAAGGUAUUCAUGGGUGUCGUCGUACUUGCAGCCAUCUAUGGUCUCUUCCUCUACUGCUCCAGCCGCCACCAGCAAAGAUCCCGCAGACGUAACACAUGCUGAACAGGUCCUGAUCACUUCAUCCUUAAAGUUGUCAUGAUACAUGUCGAUUUAGUCCAAGUCUUCUUGAUCGCCUUCGCUUUUGGCUCCUUGAUUUUCAUUUUGAACUGGAUGUGCAAAUUCUUUCGUGGGCUGCAGGUGGACUGAUGUCGAAAGAGAAUAGAAGACAAAGAUAAGCAAAAUUUUGGGGUGAAAAACAUGGAAGUUUGUUCAGAAGACUUAUUGCAGUUCAGUGCCUACCUGAGUGGGUUUCUGCUAUUCACUUUAGCUGCGUAUUGCUUGAUACAAAAAUACUCGGACUUUUCCAACAGCGCUCAAGGGGACUCGCCUAGUCUUUAAAGAAAUAACCCUACACUUGAAUAUCUCCUUUAACUAGAAAACGUUAAAUUAACAAAUUAAAAUGUUGGGCAAUAUAUUUCCGAAGAACGUUUUAUCAAUUAGUGUUAUCCUCACAAUAUUGAUUGUAUGCCUAGCAACAGCAUACGUAUGGAAUGAGACAAGGAAAUGUAUCCAACAAGAUAAUGUUACUGAACAAACUAUUCCAUCGUGACAGGAAAAAUAAGACUGUGGCACCCAAAUAUCCUUUCGAGGCAUACAUGAAUGAGAUAAGAAGCCAAAUGCCUUAUGUCUUAUCUAUGUUGAAGAUGAAGUCUAUAAACGUUGCACAGGCAAUAAAAAAGCAAAUGACAUUCAAAGACUGGAUGGCGAACUCAUACGAGGAAGGUAUUUUGGUCGGUUGCACUUUGACGCUUCUCUUUCUGUGCUGUGCAAGAGUUUUCUACUUACUCCACAAGAUGGAGACUGCGGAAUUAGAACCUUAGUGUUCAGGAUAUGAAUUUCAAGUUAACAGCAUGGAUUUAGAGUUGCUGUCGGCAUUAGAUCUGCCGUUGAUUGGAAGCGUUUUCUUCAUGAUAACUCUGAGUGCAAUCACUAUGAUAUGUCUUUUAUUCAAAGAGGAAGCUAGAUCCGUGGCCAGAUACUCUUCAGCUUUAGUCCACUACGAUUGGGGCGAAGACUGAAAAAAUAACAAAAUUUUUAAAGUAACAAACUAUUUGCCUGUCUACUCGAUUUUAAAUUUCAUAAGAUCUUAUAAAAUAAGCUUUUUUAAUAAAUGUAGGUAACACAAAUAUUCAA